AUGGCUUGGAGCAAUGAUACUGCCGUUCCGUCGCAGGAAGCGCUGUUAAAACUAGAGAAAAGUACAGAGGACAGCGACAGACAACUAGCUGCGGCAGCACAGAUCUUGAAGAUAGACCUGUCCGAUAUCACUUCUCAAUUACCUGAACCUAGUACAUUCGAAUCAACAACUCGACCGGCUCCGAAGGAAGAAUGGGUGUUAAGAUGGUUGCUCAAGAGACUCAAAACCUCGACCUAUCGAGUACAUCCUCAGUCUUAUAUUCUUUUACAAAAGCUCCUACUGCGAAUAUCACGAAGAGCAAUUGCAUCGACGUUUGUGGAAUACAAGUUUGCGCAACUAUUAAAAAACAUCGUGGACGAUCUGAAUAACGCCGUCUUCAUGUCGUUCCCGGAGGGUAUAAUCAGGACGUCUUCUGACUCCGAGACUAGUGAGACUCUUGAAGGAUCUCCCGUUCGGUCGAAGAAACGCAAGAGAGGAAAUGAAAAUGCCGAUGUGGACAAUGAUAUUGUUAUGCACGAUGCAGCCUAUGGAGAGCCACAAUCGGAACGCGCAAUUCUUGCCUACAAUCAGUUUUCGGAUGCUUUUUAUAUUCUUAUGGGCCUAGUGAAUGGUCAGAAUAACCGAGGAAAUGUGUCACAGUUCCAUUUGCAGCAAUCGUUACGACUGGAUCCUGCAGUUGGCGCUGAGAUUUUGGGGAAGUUGAUUAGGCUGUCCGCGGCCAUGAUCGUUGAAUAUACAAAGGAGAAACGAAGUAACCUGCUACGACACUUGCUCAAGACUACUACUGCAUAUUUUGCUAUGUGGGAUCUCAGAAAGUCGGGCGUCAAUGGUAUCGACAAGCGUUCUAUCAAUACUGCAUUUUCAGAAUCUUGCUUCUUGGAAUCACUGAGGCUUUAUCGCAUUGUACUCUCGUCUGGAGCGGACAGUGAAGAUGCUCGUUUCAUUACACACUCUAUUGAAAAACUCAUUGCUCUUCAUGUCGUCGUCCCCGCACGCAGCUUGUUUAUGGAGAGAGGUGGAUCUGGAAUAGACUACUCGAAAGGUGAAGAUCCUGACUGGAGCGCCGUCCAGCCAGUGACGGCAACCUUCAAACCUCUCUUUGAAGACCGCUCUCCAGUGAAUAUACAUUGCAAUAGCAAUGGCAAUGGCUCCGUGGACCAGAACUCCUGCGUCUUUCCUGCAACAUGGAAAUCAGCUGAACUCAUUCCGACUUUCUACGAUAUUGUUUCGAGGUCUGUGCCCAGAGACUCGUUUCGUCGCCAAAACACAGAAGCAUCAUGGCUUGAGACAGUCUUCGUGGCACUGGCAGAGCUGGCUUAUUCGAGCACUCAAAAAUUCAGCGGUAACACUGUCGGAUUCAUACCACUAUUGGAGCAACUCUUCAUUGUUGUCCGUGCUCGGAAAAUAAAACUAUCUUUGCAUACCCUCCUCACUCAUGCUUCUUAUACCGGACUUCUGAAAGGAGAAGAAGAUCCUAAACACGUAAGCUGGAGUCUGACAACAUUAUUGAUCGAUCUUGGUGCCGAUAUCUUUUUACCUAAUUCAGGGUUCAAAGACUCAGGUCGUCUUUUAGACGCCUUAUUUCAGUCACUUCAUCAUAUUCGAAGUGACAUGAGUAAUAAGGAAACCUAUGAGCUUGUCAAAAAUGAGGUGGUCAUACCUUUGAUUCGAGCCUUUGCUACUGCCAGAGAUCUUCCAACUUUCGCCGGGUUUUGGUAUGAGCAGCUGCGUUGGAUCGAGACUGCGCGGAAGACUGGUGAUAAGCACUUCCAAAAGUCGACAUAUUCAGUGUGGGAAGACGACAAUGUUCUCAUUGUCUAUCAAGACACACUGAAGAGUACGCUGAGCGACACAUUUUUGAAGUCACAAAUCGAGAAUGCGAUUUCGACUGUGGUUGCAGAAUCAGGAUAUAUUUCAGGCUCACCAGAUUCCUAUGCCUAUUUCGUCAUCCUUGAAGCCGGUACUCGCAUAUGGGGGCACAACGGGCUUCCCGGUUUGCGCAUUGACCUGGUGACCAAUCUGAUAGAGGGACUACACAAGACUCUAUCGAGUCGUAAGGGGGAUAGGCAGUGGCUUUGGCGUAUGUGGAGAGUUGCCAGGAACCUCAUGCCAAUAGGCCUCAAGAGCACAUUCAAGAUUCCGAAUGAGCUUGCAGACAAAUUCAGACGUGAAGCUUUGGUUGUGGCAAACUUCUCAACGGGGCCAACGAAGCUCAGAUCCGGGUGGAAUGGCCACAGAGAGAGUUUCGAAGCUUGUCGUUUUCUGUUGACGGCAAGCAAGGAUUUGUAUCCUAAGGCUUCGUCCGAACAAAAAGACAUUCUCCAUGUCAUCAUUAAAUGUCUUACCGGUUCGUUCGAUUCCAUCAUAGAGGCUAAGCUGGAGGGAUGGAAUGGCCGUUAUCAAGAUAUUGAUGGGCUACCUCAGCAGGCGACUGCUAUCAUUGAGUGCUUACUACAGCAUCCGGAUCUAUUAUCUGAACUUGGGUAUGAAGACUUGAAAUGCUUCGUCAAGUUCUUUUGGGACCUUACUUCUACUAUCGAUCAAGACUGGAGUCAACACCAAGUACCUGAAAUUACCGAAUGUGUCUCGUUCAAGCAGUUAUGGCGUGUUUUCCUAUCCUAUGAAUACCUCAGAGACAGCCCAUCAUUGGCCUUGGGAGUGGCUCGUGCCCUUUGUGAACUGUUCAUGAAGAUUAUAGAAAGCAAAAAGCCGCAGCCAGUGGUCCUACGGUAUCUACCGGCCAUCAUUCAGGACUUACCAGGUAUACCAGUUCGUUUCGGAGAGGUGCCUCUAUUUAAAGACACAGUUGAAGCUCUCGUGACGAAAGUCGACUGCCCUGCGGAGCUCGUUCCGUUUAUGGUAUCCUUGAUAGACGGAUGGUGCCACGAAUCGCAACGGGUUGGGCCAAAGAUACUAGAAUGGAUUACGUCGGACAUUCCUCUGCAAAAUUCGUGGACGGAUAUGCGGACAAUCGAGUCAUUUCGAUCGCUGGUUCGUACAGUGUUUGAGUGCGAAUACAAAGCCUGCAAGUCUCUUGCAGACACUGGCAAAUUCUUGAAGCGUUACUAUAAACUCACGACUUCCCUGGCUGCAUCAGCUCCCACACAACUAGGGCUAAGUGUCGAUGGCAAAGACCAACCGUCAACGCUUAUACCUGUCUUUGUGGCAACAAGCUUGCGCUUGCUGUUGGAACAUAAGGUUGAACUACCCGAGCCGAAACAAUUGGUCAACAUAGCUCGUCAACGUGACAAGGUUUUUGAUUUAUUAAGGAGUCGUCUUGACAGUUGCUCCGGAAUGUUACAACGGAAAUCGCAUAUCAAAGCGCCUAUUUUACUUGCGACGACGCACCAGAUGUUGGAAGACUUUGACGGUAUUGCAGUCGAGCGGAGUAUGAAAAUUGACAAGUUCAUGACGGGGGUUGAAGAAGAUAGUUUGGACAUGGAUGGCUGUAUAAAGGCUCUUACCCAACGGUGGAGGAUUGCUCGAGCAGCCUCUAGUAACGAUUUUGAUUUCAAUGAUUCGUCAUUACUGAAGGGUGUUGGUCUCUACAGAAUGCAUGCCUCGGAACAGACAUAUCUUACCAGAGAGUUAGCUAAAAAGUUGAAAUUGAUAAGCAAUCGGGAGCGCAUCGAGGUGAUCCACGAUUUGAGAACCACUGGAUUCGAAGGUUCGGAGGGAGCUAGUCGACUGCUGAUCGGUGGACUAGCCGUGUCAGUACUUUCUGAGAUCACAGAGAAAGACAGUGCUGAAGCGCGAGAAGUAUCGUCUCUAUGCACUGCUGCCACGGAGGUUCUGCAGAAUAGCAUUGAAGAGAUCGAUCGCUUUUCUUUGGCGGCGGAGUGUGUCGACAUUAUUCUUCGCUUACAUCCGCGAGGAGUGACCCAGUUCAACAUUGAUAACUGUCUUACCGCAGUUACCACGACAAUGUCGAAAAUCCAUUCCAUGCGCGAGACCGACAACCCUAUCUCGAUCAAGAGUAUUAGUACAAUCUAUACACGUCUCUGUCGUAUACUGGGCACUGUUGUGGGACUUUAUCGACAGCAGCUCGGCGGACGAUUCCACCUUUUGAUCCCGGCACUACAGAGUCUUCUCAAAGCACUGUUCGCUCCGAAACAGAAGCGCGGUAAAAAGACUGGACUAAACCUCGGUAUCCCUCAUGCCGUACAAUUCACACGUCUGCUCACGUCUCUCUGCGAUCCUACCGUAUCAGCAGUAUCGCGACCAAGCCGCCCUGCCGGUAACAGUAGUAGCAACAGCUUAGUUGACCAAACCAAAAAGGCCAAGAUGAUUGCGGGUCAACAUCUACGUAUCCUCAUUGAAAGCUAUGCACAGAACACGCUGGAUGCGCCGCUCCAGCCGGAUAUCAAAACGGCAUUAGCUCCGGGAUUGUAUGCGAUAUUGGACGCAAUGCCGGCGGAGAGUAAACGGGGACUGAACGCCGCGAUGGAUAUUUCGUCUCGAGCAAUUUUCAAGACGUUGCACGAGGAGUACGUUAGGUUUGGCAAGUGGAAUAGCAAGGGAUGA